UGCUAAUAUCAAAGCCAUUGAUGAUUAUGGUUAUACAAUAUUUGAUAGAAAUAAAAAUAUGGAUUGCAUUUUGCUAUGCGAAAGGGAUACACAGACGUUGUUAUAAAAAAUAUCAAAUUGAUGAUAUUAAUGCUGCUGAUACAAAUGGCAAAACAGCAUUGCAUUU